UGAACCUGCAAUAAUCGCCGCCACCGACGCGACGUACAGACCGGUCCGUGCAGUGUCCCUUAGUUGUACUUGUGCGCUUUUUGUGUGUCGGUCACGUGCGGAUUUCGCACAAACGUUUUGAUUUUUUCACAUCGUAUAUCUGUUAUUGUCUCCACGCAAUAAUUAUUGCACUCGCCGCAGUGUUGCAUCCAUUCAGUAGAAACAAUAUUGGCACCUAUUUUAUAGAGGCUCGCGCCGUUCGUAUUUAUAGUUAUUAUAAAUAUAGUGCCCGAACGACUUCGGGCUCGUCCGACUUUCGUGGAUUUUAUAUCAUUAAUUUUUUUAUCGUCGUCGAAAUGCUGUUAAUCUUGAAUAGUGAUCCGUUGUCGUAUCCGUCACCGAUCCAUGUGUCGACGAUUUAAAUCUAGAAGAAAUUCGUCCACCACGGUGUCCAAGACCUCACACUCACUAUUUACCAGCCGGCUCGACCUACAAAUGACUUAUUGUUGAUCGAUCAUCAGAGAAAACUCGCACGCUUAAACAAAAAAUGUUUUUGGAAAACGAACACCAGCCAAUUAUUAGCCAUUCACCGUACGACCUAGCACGUCCACUUGAACACCAUCACCAUCAUCACCUCAACCAUCACGCCGCGUCCAAUCAUCUUCAGUCGAGCACCGACCACUUGCAAGAAGAUUCGGAAGGCCGGAGUACGGCUAGCUCGCCGACGUCCAGUUACCGCGACCUGUCCGGGUGCGAAGACUUUGAUCUGAAAAUCCCGAAACCGUCUGGUCACGGGUCUGGCACUGGUGGAAAUAACAACAACAAUAACCACAAUAACAACAACAACAAGGAACAAAAACCGAAAAAGCACAAGUGCAAACACUGUGGGCUGGAGUGCACAGAAAAGGUGCAGUACUGGAAGCACAUUCGCACUCACAUAAAACCUGAACAGUUGCUGGAGUGCCCAAACUGUGAGUUCGCCACCGACCUGAAACACCACUACGAAUACCACCUGCUGAACCACACGGGUGCCAAGCCGUUCACGUGCCCGGACUGCGACUACAAGUGCGUGAGCAAGUCGAUGCUCCAAUCACACCUCAAGUCGCAUUCGAACGUGUUCCAGUUCCAGUGUUACGACUGUGGUUACGCAUCUAAGUACAUGCACAGCCUCAAGCAGCACCUGAAGAAGCGCGACCACCGGCCGGCCACGCCGCUCAACCCAGACGGCACGCCGAACCCGGACAUCGUCAUCGACGUGGUGGGCAACCGACGCGGGCCGCGGCAGAACAAGAAACAAAACCGGCACAACCCGUAUCAGCAACAGCACCAGCAGCAACAGCUCCAGCAGUCUAUGACGGUGUGUUCGUCGCAGGACGACGGCGGCAGCAGUAGCGGCGGCCACCCAUCACCGUACUCGAUGCAACAGCUGUUGCAGAUGCCUGCUUCCGGAUGCGCCCAAGUUACGUAUCCGACCUCGGCCGAGUCGUUUAUGUAUUCGAUGAUCACUAAACGCUCCAUGGAGAUGGUUGAUUACCAGGCCGCCGAAUACAUGGCCAUCAAGAACAACAACAAUAAUAACAACUCCUCGUCGGUCGAUGAUAAGAUGGAAGUGCAACAGCACCACCAACAAUCACUACAACACCACCACAACAAUCAUCACCAUAAACGCGGCCAUCAGUACCAUUCAGAUGACGUGCUGAAAGUGGAAUUGGCUGGGCGUAGCGGUAGUGGCGGUGAACUGACGCCCGAACCACAUGUACCUGUGUUGGCGGUCGCCGAUCCUUCGCCCCCGACCGUCGUUUUGGCCAUCGAGACGGGACCGUUGAACUUAAGCAGAGACUCAGUGGCUCCUCGCGCCGCGGGCAGCAGCCGGCGUAAGGGGAUCGCGUGCAAACUCGAGCGACCGGCAACCGAAUCGCAGCCUAAGUCGGUGUCGGUGCCGGUGGUGGUUGUUCCGGUGUCGCCUGCAGUACCGAUGGAUUGCAGUAGCGAGUCAAGAGGAAUGGUGGAGGAGACUUUGAUUCCGGUAAAGGAAGAAUAUCAACAGUACCACCACUACCAUCAGCAGCAGCAGCAGCAGCAGCAGACGUCGUCAUUGUCUUCGACGCCUGAAAAAGAAGACAAGGAAGACGAGACGCAUGUGUGCCACCACUGUGACAUAAUAUUCAAGGAGAACAUCAUGUACUCGAUGCACAUGGGUUUCCACAGCUUCAGGGACCCGUUCGCGUGCAACCUGUGUGGCGAGAUAACGGCAGAUAAGUUUUCGUUUUUCGCUCACAUAGCGCGCGUGCCGCACAGUUAGGCUGCAAUUAGAAGACGCACCUACGAAAGAUACGAAAUAAUAAUAGAGUACAAAUUUUAAAACAAUUAACCCUUUAGGUAUGUAAUAUAGGAUUUAUCGUAAGAAAAAAUUAAAACAGAUUAAGAAUAUAAAGUAAUGUUACAUAGGUACUAUAUUAUACAUCUCUUUCUUUUUAAUAACUGUCCCCCCCAAACCUAAGAGUGUAGUUACGCCGCACCCAUGCUUCGUACAAAUGAAAAUCGUUUUUGGCGCUUAGCUAAAAACGAUUUUAAUUUGUAUACCUACGCGGCCGGUGUUGUUGAACGGUUCCGGUUCUUAAACGUUGAUUUCAACUUAUCAACGUGUAAGAGUCGGCACCGUGUCUUCAAAUCGUGAUUGCGCACAUUAAUCGUCGAGAUGCUUAGUUGUUUAUCGUUUUAAAUAUUUUUUUCUCGUUAUAUUUUUCUCGGAAAUAAAAUUUUAAUUAUGUUUUAAUUUUAUUUUCGAGGAAUAAAAGCCAUCGCCAAUUUUAGCGAUUUAAAAAUGUUUAACUCGUGUCCUCAUAGUUAAGCACAAAUUAUUAGUUUAUUUGUUACAUGUAAAUUUUAUUAUCCUUAAAAAUAACUUUUUUAACUUUCCAAUUACCCAAGAUUGAAUCAAUAAUGACAAAUAUUGAUUUUUUUUACGUUUAAAUACCGUAAUACCUCAUCUUCUUCAUUAUUUUUUAUUGUUUGAUCUAGUCGUUAAACUAUUUCUCCUCGUAUACUAUAGUUUAGUAUCGUGUAUACCUAUGCACUUAUGAUAGAUACUAUUAAAAAUAAAAAA